GGGUUGAAGCGGGCUCCUCUUGAAACUGCUUUGGGCUGAGGUGCAGUCAUUCUUCUCAGGGGGAAUUCUUAAGAAAUAGCUUAGCUCAGUAUUGCAUUCAAGACUUUAAUGGUUUUGCUCAGAGUUUUAAAAAGACUGGGUGAAAAAAAAAAAGAAUCAAUAUAGUCAAAGGGAAGUUUCUGAAAUAACAUUCACAUUAAAAUAAAUAAUUGACUUACAAGACAAAUAUUUUCUUUGGUUUCCCGUUUGACUGAGAGAAUCUCAUCUACACUGUUUCACAGGAGUACACACACAUACACACAUACACACACAUAGUCAAACACACACAGUUGGCUGUUGUUGGAAGUGACUGGGGUGCUGUGAGGAGAGUGGGGCUCAGUGUGACUAGGCAGAGGCCAGUGUUGCAGGCAGGCAGUGGAGAGACUGUUGAGCCACAGAGACGUGCCCAGGGUGGAUAAACCAUGCUCACUAAGAGGGAGAAAUACUCUGCCCAGGACACAAGAUGAAGGUGGAGAGGAAGACCCCUUCCACAGGCAACAGUUUUACUGACAUUCCUCCACUGCUGACGCUCUUUGGCCUCCUCCUCUUACUCUUCACAGGUGAGGUGUCAGGGGUCAACGUGACGAGCCAGACGCAGGUGGUGAAGGGCACGGUGGGCAGAGAGGCCCUGUUGUCAGUCACCUACUCCAGCAGCAGCUCCGACAAGCCUGUCAUUAAGUGGCAACUAAAGAGGGACAGAGAGAAACCUAUCACCGUGGUGCAGUCAAUAGGCACUGACAUCAUCGGGAACCUGAGGCCAGAGUACCGCAACCGUAUCCUGGUGUUUGAGAACGGAUCGCUGCUGCUUCACAACCUGCAGCUGUCAGACGAAGGGGCGUAUGAAGUGGAGAUCUCCAUCACAGAUGACACCUUCACUGGAGAGCGCUACAUUGAGCUCACUGUGGAUGUUCCAGUAUCCAGACCUUAUAUCCAGAUGAUGGCCUCUUCUGUGCUGGAGUACAGCGAGCACUUUAACCUGCACUGUUCCCAUGAUAAUGGCACCAAGCCCAUCUAUGGGUGGCUGAAAGGAGGCAAACUGCUGGUUAAUGACUCACGAAUGCUGCUUUCACAUGACCAAAAGGUGCUCACCAUCUCACGCGUUCUGAUGUCAGAUGAUGAUGUCUACACCUGCACAGUGGAAAACCCCAUCAGCAGCAUGAAGAGCAUUCCAGUCCGGCUCACUGUCUACAGAAGGAGCUCACUAUACAUCAUCCUGUCCACCGGGGGCAUAUUCCUCUUAAUCACCUUGGUGACAGUGUGUGCCUGUUGGAAACCGUCCAAAAAAAAACACCGACCAGUCCCCCAAAGAGCUCCCAUCUACAUGGAGCAGAGUGAAAAUGGCCAUGAUGUUGAUGUUGUACCUAAACCAACCACACUUGGCCGGAGGAGUCCGAUGCCUCUUUAUGUUCUCAAUGAAGAUGAGACUCUUGAGCGUCUGGAAGAAUGUUCUGUUGCCAGCCAAUCAGAUAUGGGUGUCCCUGCUACCUAUGCUCCGGUCCUCCCUCCCUCCUCCAACAGAACUGAGCGGCCCAUCUGGUCUGCCCCUCGCAGGUACCCCCGUAGCCCCUCUCCCCUGGCACAACCCAUCCCACAACCCCCUCCAGGAACUUCCCUGCGCCCUGUCCGCUCCCCUGCCCACUCCCCUGGGUCAUCUCCACGCAGUUUUAGCCCAAUAAGAAAGGUCCGGCCUCCAGUGGGGAUCCCAACCAGCCACCUGCCCGUAGAAACAGAGUGUCCAGGUCCCAGCGAUCAGACCCACUGUCCACCUCAACAGUGACAAGUGCUGGAAAUGUCCAGUAAAAUUUGUACAUAGUAUGUUGGUCUUUUCUGUCAUAUAGAAAUGGAUUUUAUGCACAAUGAUAGAAGAUAUUUGAUUUGACUUUGCAAAUCAAGAUGAGUCCACUUUAACUUGUUGUCAUUUUACUCCAUUAUCCUUCAACUUUUUCCUCUAUGGCUAUGCACAGUGUAUCUGUAGUCUUUAAAUAAAAUAUUCACCCGGUCCACCAGCUAGUCCACCAGCUGCGACAAGGAGAAAUUUCCACCCGUGAUAUGUAUUUUUUCUUUUUGAAUUUUCUGUAAACAUCUGUAUAUAUGUAAGUUAAAAUGUCAAGAAGUUGCAGUUGCAGUUUUGGUUUCCUUUUGAACAAGUACACCUCACACAUUGUUCAUUAGGUCAGUGCAUAACCUACAGAAAUAAAGAAAUAAUAGUUUG